UCAUUGGCCUUGCUGAGAUGGAUUUUAUCCUCUUGUGGAUGAUGUUUUUUAGUGGGGGCCCCUCUCUUAUCGUGCCUGCCUCAGUCUUUAGGCCUGGUCUGAGGCUGAACGUCCCCCACUAGAGGAGAUUUGAUUGGGUGUGUCCAUUGGUUGUGUUAACCAGUGGGGCGUAAACCCAUCCAGCUGCGCUUUAUUCCAAUAGCAGCUAGCUUAAGGGCUAAGACUAGACGAAAUAGAACGUUGGUUACGUAUUGUAACCCCAGAUUCUAUGAGUCUAGUCGCAGCCCUUAAGCCACUGGCCCCACUGGUUAUGAUGGGAAUAAGAGCCAUUGGAGGUGAGCAGUGGGGUCACUGCGGUUAUAUACCACGAGGGGGCCCACUAUUGGUGGGCGUACAUUUAAGCUCUUCAUGAUUGGCUGAUGCGGAGAUCAUCCUUCCAAUAGCAGCUAGCUUAAGGGCUGCGACUAGACUCAUAGAAUCUGGGGUUACAAUACGUAACCAACGUUCAUUUGUGAUUGAGUCUCCACGGUUCUCAUUUCACGUAUCGUGCGUGUUUACGUCAUGUGUGUCUGUUGACGCCGACGCGUGCAGGCGGCCAAAGGAAAGUUUUCGGCGGGACGGUCCUCCAUUUGGUUUACGGAGCGGUGGAAGAAACAGUGAUUUUCCAGACAACAUAGCUUACAGGUAAGGCAUAUAUUGAUGGAAUUUUAAUUUCGAAGACAACGUUUAAUAAACUGGCCGCUAGAACUGGUACAUAUUGUCAUCAUUAUUGCCUGGCUUUUAGUUUAGGAGGAACUAAUUUGCUGUUGCUAACUAAAGACGACGCAAAAUAUGUAUUUAUACACAACUCUCAAUUUUAAAAUGCAGUAAAUAAAUGCCAUGGAAGCUGUCUUUAACUGAAGCUAUUUAGCAAGAAACCCAGGGAAUACUUUAUGUUGUAUGCCAGCAGUAAUGGAAAAUGUGCUUUGUAGUGAUGGGACGAGCUAAUUUAACGUAGCAGUUUUUUCCCCGAAAUACUAGUUUUCUUUUUGAAUUGCAGUUCUGCUGACUCCCGCCUUUACAUGCUUUAGCAAUCGUGGAGAAUGCGUUUAUUCCCAGAAUUUUUCAUAAAGCUAAUCCUAAAAACAUUGAAGAAAAGCUUGAAGACCCAGGCGGUGUACACUCUAGUGGCGAGCACGUUUACAAAUCAUCCAACCCAGGAGUGGCACUUUAUUUUCCGCCUAAAUGGUGACAUUUUCCCUUCGGACUUAGUAAGCUAGCAAGAGUUGCAAAGCAAUUCCCCACCAUGGACAACAGAGGGCGUUGCGCUUUUCUGAAGAAUCCUGCCACCAUUAUGAUUGAUCGCUGCAGUUCUCCGUCCUCAGUCUCCAUCAAAGUUAUUUGAAAAAAAAAACCGAGUUUUACAUUCUUGUCUGUUAGUGCAGCCAGCCACCCAGCAAGUAGUUACCAUUUUACUGUAAAAUCAACUAAAUAAAAGCAAUAAAAGGCAACAGACAGGCUUCUUAGCUUCACCGGAGUUUCAACGUGUAUAAACGGUCUUAUUCAAUUCAAAGAUACUUUAUUAUUUUGCCAUCCAUCAUGGUAAACGAGCCGAUCCCAUGUGUGGCGUGACGUCACAUGCAAAGGGUCAAUACCGACGCAGACAGAGAAGUAUAAAUCCGGCUCAAAGACUGAAAACUGGGUGUUUCUUUGGAAGGAGCCUUGAAAAGCUAAGUAGGAGCAAUCGAUUUCAGUUGGGGAAACAAAAUAAAUCUGGACUAAAGAUGAGAAGGUUUCCACUGUGCAAAGGAAUGCAUAUUAAGGUUAUUGCUAUAUGCUGGCUGCUGUGAUUCUUUUUCUUUUUUUCCAGACGAUGCUUUUCAAAGUGCAGUAUAUAGGGAAAAAACGCUAUAUCAAGCUCAAUGGAGCCUCAUAUUCUACAUUCCUCAGUCAAGCCAAGGAGAAGUUUGGCAUCCAAGAUGAUAAAAGGAUGUAUCUUGUGGAUGAAACUGGGACAGAAGUAGAUGAGGAUGUCUUUACUGAUGUUCUGGAGGAGAAAUCAGACAUUAUCUGGACCCUCGUUGAUGCCUCUUCUGUAGAAGAAUCUUCGGUGCAGUCCUCAUGCACAGACACGCUCUCCUUGUCAUCUUUUUCAUCAGACAGCGAGUUAUCUGUUCUGUCCCCUAAAAGACGUCGCAUUGAUGAAACCACGAUGAUGUCCCCAAGAAGAGAUCAAAAUGACAACGCUUCUUUUCAAGCCAAAGAGGUGACAUUUUCAAUUCAUUUAAAUAAUUUAAAUUUAUUUGAUUUAAUUUUGUGUGAAUUUGUUUAUAAAUGGAGGCUGUUAUUAAUAGGGAGGCUAAGUCAUGCCCAUCUACUUCUGUACCACGGAUCCCCAGAAGAACAAAAAAAUGAAUGCAAGUCAAUGGGGCUAAAACCGCAAUUUUCUAAUUCCGCUUGUUAUGUGCCAGGGAUUUCACAUAUGAUGUCCGUGAAUUUUAAAGAUGCAUUUUGAUACCAACAAAGUGCUUAUUUUCUAACGGGAGGAAACGUUAUUUUAGAUUUUGUGUGAAAAUAAGCCCAAGACUACAAAUACAUUUCACAAAAGUGACGUCAUCGAACCAGACACGGGAGAAAAACAGAGGGAAAAUAGCUGUAAGUUCAGCAAACUUCAAAUCAUUCCUUCAGAUGGAGAAAAACCAUAAAUCUGGCCAUUUGGUAAGUAGCAGCUACACUACGGGAGAAGAGAUUCUGUGGUGACGUCAUAAAUGCGACGUGCUGAUGUUUGAUUUGCAGUCAUUCUAAUUAUGAACA